CCCGGAACGUCGUCGGAGGCAGGUGGCGAUAUUCAGGCCCGAUCCGACUCGCGGGGCCGCCUCGCCUCAAGUGCCGAGACCUCAUUCCAGGCGACGGACAAGCCGAAAGCGUGUCAGAUACAUUUGUCGCGCGUUUGGAUGGUCGAAAGUGGUCGUCGUCGUCGUCGUGCGUAAUCCGCGAGAGACGCGAGGAAACGCGGGAUCUCCUCGACGCGUGCGUUCCAUCGAUGCGGGCGAUCGAUAUCGCGAAGUACGAUCGUUGAAACAGGUGGAAUAUCUCGGCGGUACCCUCUGUUCCUCUCCUUCUUAUUCUUUUCCUGGCCGCGACCCGCGAAACGGAGCGAGGCGCUCGCUGGUGAUUUCGAUGCGCGGUGCGGAGAUAAUCGGUGGAUCGAGGGGGACCGCGAGGAUACCGCGCGCGCGGUCGUCGGUACGCGGUGCUCGAGGCUCGUUGUCGUCUGCGAUCUUUUACCUGGUCGCGGAAUAGGGGUGACCAGAGCCAGAUUCCGGAGGACCAGACGAGUCGAGAAGGAAAGAGAAAGAGAGAGAGAGAGAGACAUGCCUGGCAGUCACGGAACCAGUCAUCAAUACCGCUCGGGGACGAAGCGAAGAUUAUGAGGACGUCGCACGCAACGAGAGCGAAACACUGUGCCGUGCGAGAUCGUAGCGAGUGGUGAUCAGGACGACGAAGCCAUACAGAGUGCACAGAGUGCGCGUCAACAGAGUGGUCCUCCGACAAGCAGGUCAUCAUGUAUCGGCCAAACUUUUACGAGAGCACGUGUCUGAGAUGCGCUCAGACCGUCUAUCAGGUGGACAGGGUGGGUCCCCUCAAGGACUUCACGUUCUUCCACGCGGGUUGCUUCAAAUGUGCGAUCUGCGGCACCAAGCUCACCCUAAAGACGUACUACAACAAUCAGCACACAAUCAACGACAAGGAGGUGUACUGUAGCAGUCACGUGCCCAAACCAGGACCCGGGACCCUCGACGGAUCCAGCGUGGGUAUCAGGAGCGCCCUUAACGUACCUAGAAGCGGUUACGUCAAUGAGCAGAUCAGGGCAGGAGGCGCUUCGCCGCGCGGCGUCUAUCCACCUUGUUACGAUAAUGUAGACUCGCCUAAUUAUGCCAGGCACCUGAACGGGCACGGUUCGCCGCCGGCGACGAAUUCGUCGUCCCAGCGCGAUGGCAUCCACGGCGGUACCGGCGGCACCGGCGGCGCAUCCUCGCCGUACAAUCACAAUUAUUCCGGGGAUGGCAGCUAUCAGUACGGCAGGUUCGACGCGAGCGCCCUUCACAUCGCCCAUGCGCUCAAGCAGACCGAGCUACAAAAGGGCUACAGCAAGGCCCGCGAGAAACCCAUCGAUUAUUAUCUGGAUCGCGAUGAGCAGACGCGUCUCGAGAUGAAGCACCGGAAAGAAGAGGAUGAUUUAUAUCGAAAGUUUGCCCACCAUCGCGAGGAAGAGGACAGACGAAUUCGCGAGGAAUUCCGAGACGAGUGGGAGAAGGAGCUGGAACAAUUGUCGGCGAGAUGGGAACGGGAAAAAGGCGGAAGAGUUCGAACCCAACAAUUUCAGCACAAGAAGAAGGAAAGUCUCACGCGCAAGAUGUUGGAGCACGAACGAGCGGCGACCGCCGCGCUGGUGGAGAAACAGAGCUCGGAGAUGCUGGAGCUGAUCAAUGAGGCGAGAAGCGAGUACAUGCUCCAGGAGAGUUUAUAUCUUGACGAAGGGGACGGUUAUAUCCAGGAAGCGCCGCCGCCGCCUUAUCCGUCGCGCGCGCCACCCCCGCAGCCACCGGCCCUGGCCAAAUACCACAUCUACAAUGAUCCUCUGGAGUUCGCUGACAUGGAUCAGAUAGCUAUUUCGGUAGCGCAAGAAGAUCAGAAAACGUUUACCGAUCUGGUGCGACAGUUGGUGAGCAGAUGCGGAUCGGACAUAGAAAAGGCGAGGACAAUAUUCCGGUGGAUCACCGUGAAGAAUCUCAACACUAUGCAGUUCGACGAGAACUUACGAGGCGACACUCCCAUGGGUCUGUUGAGGGGUAUCAAACACGGCACGGAAAGCUAUCACGUUCUAUUCAAACGACUGUGCAGAUAUAUAUAUAUAUAUAUAUAUAUAUUAUCUUUAUUUACGAAACGGUUCGAGAUUGUAAUCAGCUGGAACGCCGUCUACGUAGCAGGUGCGUGGCGAUUUGUCCAGUGUAAUUGGGGAGCGCGACAUCUCGUCAAUGCCAAAGAGGUGCCCCGCCCUGGCCAGGCGAAAGCCAAGAACGACAGUCUCAGAUACGAGUACGACGAUCAUUACUUCCUGACGGAUCCUCGUGAAUUCAUAUACGAGUUCUUUCCAUUGCAAGAGGACUGGCAAUUGCUCAAACAACCAAUUUCGCUCAAGGACUUUGAGGAACUGCCUUUCGUACGGUCCCUAUUCUUUAGGUACGGCCUCUACUUUCCGGAUACGAAUACGAAUGCCGUUAUGUACACGGAUUCCACCGGCGCUGCGACCGUGAGGAUAGCAAUGCCGGCGCAUAUGCAAUCAUCCCUUAUCUUUCAUUACAAUCUCAAGUUUUAUGACAACGACGGCGAUGGUUACGAUGGUGUGUCGCUCAAGCGUUUUGUCAUGCAGUCGGUCGUGGGAAAUAUAGUCGCGUUUCGAGUUCACGCACCAUGUUCCGGGGCCUUCCUUUUAGACAUAUUUGCCAACGCGGUAACGCCGAAGGAGUACUUGACAGGCGAGCCGAUGAAGUUUAAGAGCGUUUGCAAAUUCAAAAUUGCAUGCGAGGAACUGCAGACGGUGAUGGUACCGUUGCCGGAUUGCGCCAGUGGCGAAUGGGGUCCCACCAAAGCCACUAGAUUAUUUGGGCUUAUACCCAUCACUCAUCAGGAGGCUCUGGUGUUCGCCGGGCGCGAGCUUGAGAUUCAAUUUCGCAUGUCGAGGCCGUUGACGGACUUUAUGGCGACCCUGCACAAGAACGGCAUCGAGGAAAAACGUCUGUCAAAGUACGUGACGCAUUCCAUCGCCGACGACGACGUGGUCACCUUCUCCAUAAGCUUCCCCGAGGAGGGCCAAUACGGUCUGGACGUGUACACCAGGGAAUCCACGGCCUCGCCCGUCGCUCAACAUGACGUCACCGGCGAGAAGCAUCUCCUCACGCACUGCUGCAAAUAUCUCAUCAACUCCAGCAAGAGGAAUUGAGAGCGGAUAUUCCGCGCUCUUGAAACGUUCAGUCGUCUCGGCUUUAUCCGGAAAUUUCCGCCUGUCGUAGAAUCGUUACAAGGAUCGGGGGAGUUUCAGACGUUCGUUAAGACGAAACCAGGAGACGUUGAAGUAUUCGCGGACAAGGUGAACGUUAUCGCGCGAUGAGACGACGUCAACAAGUUUUACGAUUUCGAGAGUCUCGCUCGUUUCGUCGUAUCGACAGUUCGUCCUGUCUUUGCGAAAUAACUUGCCGACGAUCUCGGGAAGUAUAUUCGGCCAUUAAUCGAUCGACUAUCGACGCUGUGUCGUGAACCGAGAAAGG